CACUUGAUACUUUGGCUAGCAACCAAGAAGGCAGCUUGCCAUGGCAGAUCCGGGUAUGGCAAGGGUUACAGGCUUGAACAAGUACAAACUUGUUUUCCUCGGCGAGCAAGCGGUUGGAAAGACGUCCGUCAUUACGCGGUUUAUGUACGACACAUUUGACAACAACUAUCAGGCUACUAUUGGCAUCGAUUUUCUCAGCAAGACGAUGUACUUGGAGGAUAGAACAGUCAGACUUCAGCUUUGGGAUACUGCGGGCCAGGAGCGAUUCCGCAGCCUCAUUCCCAGCUACAUUCGAGAUUCUUCUGGAGCGAUUGUGGUGUAUGACAUUACCAAUCGGGCUUCAUUCCUCAACACUUCAAAGUGGAUUGAGGAUGUGCGAAGCGAAAGGGGUAACGAUGCCGUCAUCAUCCUGGUCGGCAACAAGACUGAUUUGGCCGAUAGACGUCAAGUGUCUACUGAAGAAGGUGAAGAGAAAGCAAAGGAGAACGGUGUGAUGUUUAUAGAGACAAGUGCCAAGAUGGGGACCAACAUCAAGGGUCUCUUCAGACAGCUGUCGCAAGCUUUGCCUGGACAAGACGAGGCUGCCAACGUGGACGUGGCAACUCAGCCGACUGUGGUCCUGGACGGUUCAGCUGUGAAUUCAGAAAAUCAAAAGAACUGCCCUUGUUGAUGGCAAGGUGAUUGCCAAGCCACCUGAGACGUGAGCCAGCCCCUGUGAGCCCCUGGUGAGUGCAAUUCUGUGUGCUGAGAGGGGUGCCAAAGGGUGUCAGGGCGUCAGUGCUAAUCGAAGUGCAGGCCCGCACUGAUGACACUGCAAGCGAGGGACAAUGACAUGCUUGG